AUGAGUCAAGAUCGCUCGCAAGCCAGUAUCGAUUCGAGCAAAAGAACCUGGAUCAUCACCUCGGCCUGUGCUGGCGCCGUAGGUGCAGGUUUUGCUGCGGUUCCUUUCGUUAGCUCCUUUGCCCCAUCUGAGAAGGCCAAGGCCGCAGGUGCACCGGUGGAGGUGGAUGUCUCUGGCCUUCAGCCUGGCGACAUGCUGCGCGCUGAAUGGCGUGGCAAGCCUGUUUGGGUGCUGUACCGAACGCCAGAAAUGCUGGCCUCGCUUAAAAAGACCGACUCCCAGGUGGCCGACCCCAACUCCUUGCGCAACCCCAGCGAGUUCACGCCCAUGGAGUCUUGCCGCAACGAGCAGCGCUCCAUCAAGCCGGAAUACCUGGUUGUUGUAGGCAUUUGCACCCACCUGGGCUGCUCGCCUAUUGAUAAGCUCAAGCCCGGGCCCCAGCCUUCUUUGCCCGAUGAUUGGCAAGGCGGUUUCUUGUGCCCCUGCCAUGGCUCUACAUUCGAUCUGGCGGGCCGUGUGUUUAAAAACAAACCGGCUCCCGAUAAUUUGGAGGUACCGGAAUACACUUUCUUGUCGGACACCAAAAUUCUGAUCGGUGUCAGCGAAGCUCCCAAA